AUGGACACCGUUGAAUUGGCCAUGUGGAUUGACAAUAAAGACGUGUCCGACAAAUCAGAAGAUGACGAAGAUAUCUUACUGGAAGGCGGUCUUGGUGGCACUUUCUUUUCUGCCAAUGACAUUGAUACAUUUCGCACUGGCAUGUCACACGUAGUACUACCGCCCGGUGUCCCACAUUUACCUCACAAUCUUGGGGAUGUGAAACACGGAAAACUAAGUGCAUCUCAAUGGCAUGCACUCUUUGUCUUCAUUGUGCCUUUAGUGCUGUGUGAGAUGUACGUGGACGAAGUAGGAACUCUUGAUGUGCGUUCAAAUUGGUACCGGGUUCUGGAAAAUACAGCUCACCUUGUUGCAUGUACCAAUGUAGUAUUUGCUCAAAGAUUUAAGUCGGGGGACAUUAAGCGAUUCGAAAUGCAUUACAAGAAGUACUUGGAUUUGGUUGGUGGGCUAUUCAAAGGUGUCAAAGUCCAACCAAAUCACCACUUUUCACUGCACAUUCCACAACAAAUGGCUUCUUGGGGCCCAUUGGCUGGCGUGGCUGAGUUCCCGGGCGAGCGCCUCAUAGGAUUUUUGCAGAAGAUUAACACUAAUAACAAGAUUGAUGAAAUGCACCGAAGCAUGAUAACCCGUGGUUGUCGCUUACAACGCAUGAUGGCGGAUCCGGAUUAUACUCAACUGACCAAGGUCGAAGACAAGCAAAACACAGAGCCGGUCCGCCAAAAAAAGCCUAUAAGGCUAUUAUCAUCAAGGUACGAGCUGCUCUACAACAUGGUUUUGAGUUACGAUACGUCAGUGGUUGAUUGCGAGACUUUUCCGGUACCACAGGGCUGUUGGAUUCUGUCUGGAAAUGUGAAAGCGGUACAAUCACUCACCUACAAUGGGGUGACUUUUGGCUCAAUGGCCCCUUGUAACUGUGUGGUGGUAAAGGUGGGGGGCCAAAUUAAGUAUUACCUGGUCCAGCAGUGUUACAAAUAUCCGCACAAGGGGGGGGAGAUGAAGGAGUUCAUGGUCGUCUCACCCAUUAUGAACCAAUACCCGAAGGCGACAAACGCGAUUCCAACUCGGCCGUUCCGGUACUUGCUCUUCCUGUUUGGAAUGGUGGUGGGGACGGUCCAAGAUAAAGAAGAGGUGGUGGUGCCCUCUCAUGUGGUGUACCUUGCGGCGUAUUGA